GUAACUUGAACAGAGAGGGAAAAUCUGACAGUGCGGACGAUGUAAGAGUUAACUAACUCCAGAAGAUGGCGGUAACGUUAAUGCCAGUCAAAGGAUGCAAGCUGCCAUUAGACUUCAAAAAAGAAGAAGAGGCUUGGAAACGUUGUACAGUUUUCGGCUAAACUUAGAGCAACAGAGCCAGCUUCAGUCACGUAAUGCUCCAGAGGCUCGUUGCGUCCCUGCGGCGCCCCGAUGCUGCAUCUCCCCUUGCGGCGUCGGUUAGAUGCCUGUCCUCGGGCUCAGUGGACAUCACGGUCCCGCUGAACUUCUGGGCCGGCAAGAGAUGGACGAGCCAAGAGAAAUGCAACAAGGAGAAUGUUUACGAACCUGCGACAGGGCGAGUCUUGUGUCAUUUGGAGCCAUGUGGUGAUGUGGAGGUCAAUCAGGCUGUGAAGGCUGCCAAGUCAGCCUUUGGCCAUUGGAGCAAAAUGUCUGGGAUGGAGAGGGCGAGGAUCAUGAUAGAAACUGCUCAUAUCAUUGAGAGAAGGAGAGAGGAGAUAGCUGAAAUGGAGGUGGUCAAUAACGGGAAGUCCAUCACAGAGGCCCGUCUGGAUGUGGACUCUGCCAGACUGUGUAUAGAGUAUUAUGCAGGGCUGGCCAGCUGUCUGGCAGGCCAGCAUGUCCAGCUGCCUGGGGGAUCCUUUGCCUACACUCGCAGGGAGCCUCUGGGAGUCUGUGUCGGCAUCGGUGCUUGGAAUUAUCCUUUUCAGAUAGCUGCCUGGAAAUCAGCUCCAGCCCUGGCCUGUGGUAACGCCAUGGUGUACAAGCCAUCACCACUGACGCCUGUGACAGCAGUCAUGCUGGCAGAGCUCUAUGCAGAGGCUGGAGCUCCAGAGGGGCUGUUCAACGUGGUGCAGGGCGGCCAGGAGACUGGCAGCCUACUCUGCCACCAUCCUGACGUUGCUAAGGUGUCCUUCACUGGGAGCGUGCCAACAGGCAAGAAGAUUAUGAAGAUGGCAUCCAAGGGGGUGAAGCCUGUGACUCUGGAGCUUGGGGGGAAGUCUCCUCUGCUCAUCUUUCAGGACAGCGAUCUGGAGAAUGCUGUGAAGGGCGCUCUCAUGGCCAACUUCCUGUCUCAAGGCCAGGUCUGUAGCAAUGGUACAAGGGUCUUUGUGCAGAAGGAUAUUCUGCCUGAGUUUUUGGAGGAGGUGGUGAAGAGGACUGUGGCGAUCGAGAUUGGAGAUCCACUACUGGAGAGCACCCGAAUGGGAGCACUGGUCAGCCGGCCACACCUGGAAAAAGUUUUAUCCUUUGUCGAUCAGGCAAAGAAAGAGGGAGCUAAAGUGUUGUGCGGAGGUGAACCUUUUGUACCAUCAGAUCCCAAACUCAGAGGUGGAUACUACAUGACUCCAUGUAUAUUGAGUAGCUGUACAGAUGAGAUGACCUGUGUGAGGGAGGAGAUCUUUGGUCCUGUCAUGUCUGUGUUGUCCUUUGAAACCGAAGAGGAGGUGCUGCAGAGAGCCAAUGAGACCACCAUGGGUCUGGCUGCAGGAGUUUUUACUAGGGAUGUGAGGCGAGCCCAUCGUGUGGUUGAACAACUCAAGGCUGGUUCCUGUUUUAUAAACAACUACAACAUCACUCCUGUGGAGGUGCCCUUUGGAGGCUUCAAAAUGUCAGGCAUAGGCCGGGAGAACGGCCAGGUGACGAUUGAAUACUAUUCCCAGCUGAAGACUGUGUUCGUGGAGAUGGGAGAUGUGGACAGCUUAUUCUAAGACACACAUUGAGAAGAAGAUGGAGCUGUAACACUGACCCAGAGACUGAAACUAAAGGGUCUGGACCGGAACAACACUCUCAUCACUCAGGAAAAGACCAUCAGAUGUUAGAUGAGAAACACACAUUGAUGAAGGGAGCUCAAGUGUGUUGUUUAAGUGAGCAAUGUUAUUUUUCAUUCUUAGGUAAAUGUCACACAGAGACAGAUACACACGUUCAGUGUUAUCAUUUGUGCCAAAAAGAUCAAAUUAAAGAUUGUUCUUGAUUGAUUUCAGCUACUAAAGCUUAGAUAUGAGUUGCACAUUGUGAAACAUGAUUUGCACUGUAUGUUUUCUUUCGCAAUACAUUCUGUCAUCCAUGUAUAGAAUAACAUUUUUACAAUGUUGUACUAAAAUGUUUAUGGAUUAAGUCACACUUUAUUUCUUGAACACAUUUUAUACACAGAAUACUAAAAAAUGAAGCACUUUGAACAUUGUUUUGAUUAAAUUAAUCUAGAUUGUACACUUCAUGUAUACUUUUUGUACGAUGUUGUCUACAUUAGAACUGUGACAGUGACAUCCUGCCUUGUGAGUAGAGAUAACAAUGUCAUGAACCUGUCAAACAAACUUUCUUAUCAAAAUAAAUUGUAACAUAACAUAAAA